GGGGAGUAAAAUUAGCAUUUUUGGGUGGUAAAUAUUCCGUUCCACAUCCAGGGAGGGAAAGAGGAAUAUUCAAGCGGGAAACCAUAUACCUGGCAACACUGAUGAAAGAGCGCACGUGACCAUCACUGUCUGACAAUCGAUCACAAUGGAAAGUUUUGUGUUCUUUAGAGGGAACAAGCGAAUCACUUUAAAAGAAAAUGACCUUACAACUGACCGGCAGGUCUUCUUCAUAAAGAUCGGCAGGAUCUUUCAGGUAAAGUUACUGUAGAUUCAACUACAAUUCACACUGCACCGACCAAGACACUUCACCUGGUUUCGUCGGAUCAGUGUUUUGGCUCUAUUGGCAAUGGUUUAGGUAAUUUGUUGAUUGUAGAACGUUGUCGGAGUCUGUCGGUGUAGGGUGAAUUGGCCUUUAUUUGGCAAAUUUUUAGUGAGAAAAUCGAAUGUAUAUAAUUGAAUUGAAUCCAUGUGCUAGGUCUUAAAGUGACAUCAGGCUAAUAUACCUCUCUAUGUAUAUUAAAAAAAUUCACUAUGCUCUUUACAAAACUUUUGUUCAGAAUACACCAUUUUGAUGUUCUGUCAGAAGGGAGGCCCACUGUCUUUGAAAACAAUUGGACGCCAUCUGUUAAAUUACACCAUUGUUAAAUUACACCAUAAAUUCCAGUGGCCUGAUAAAUAUCCUGAACUUGUUUAUGUUGAAAAUAAAUAUCUUAAAGGUCCAUGGCCCCAGUUUGUACAUCACUGAUGACAACAAUGUGGCUCUGUUUCCUGAGCCUGAUGGCCACUUCAGUCUUCUUGACCUCACAGUAAGGGGUCAUUAUGAGGUGCACGGUGAGAGCAUCAGCGUGGAGUGUUCACCUAAUACACCUGUAACGCCCAACCCUACUCGCUUUUCCUUCCACCGGCCAGUCAGUGCAGCAGCGGGUUCUGCAACUGGUUCUUCUGCAGUUCCAAGAGCAACUAUGCCAAAAACUUUCCAAAGGAAUAUUUUCAUUGCUGAACUUCAUGAUGGCAAGUUGGAGACCAACAAAACGUUAACGGUGCGUUUUUCUGAGUUUGAGUCUUCUGUUUCGGGUAUUCUGAGUAAAGUUAAAGAGGCCCUUGGACAAGAAGACUCACUGAUCCUGACUGAUGGGCAAGGAAAGGAAAUCCUGGAUUCUGAAGGAACCAGAGGAUCAGCAUACUGGAAGCAGAAUGCACGGAAAGUAUUUGCUGUGGCGCAGGAAGAAUUCCUGCAGCUACGAGAAGGUAAAAGGAGGAGACUGAGUCGAAGAGAAGAUACUGGCCUCCAAGAGGUUGUGGACACUAUUGAAGAGGUUGUGGCAGCAGCCCAGGGACUGCAAGCAGUGUCCACAACGAUGAAAGAGCUAAUGGAAUUUGCCAAUUCCAGUCGGAGGACGACAGUAUCCCUUACAGAUGCAGAAACCACAGCUGUCAGAGAUGCUUUUGCGUGUAUAAUCUGCAAAGGUCCAAUGAACGAGCCCAUGGUUUCAUCAUGCUGCCAAAGCCUUAUUGGCUGCAGGAGUUGCAUUGAGGAAUGGCAAACAAAUUCUCCCUCCUGCCCAAAAUGCCGUGCUGGUGAUUCUGGCAACAACAUACAAAGACUCAUGGGCCUAUCUGAUGCAUUGGCUGCACUCAGAAACAUAUUCUUGGAUUAAUACUAUGUACUAGUAUUAUCAAACGUUGCACAAUUGCGUUUUACUGUUGUUCUUACUGUUGUUCCUUCAUCUCAAGAUAUGCAGUUCUAGUGCACAGUUAGAUGUGCAUCAUUCCAUUUGGUUAUUUCAUUUUGUUUUGCAUCCAAUCUGUGUAUUGUAUUAUCCAAUACAAUUUUACACAACUGUUUUUUUUGUUGCAAAAUACAAACUGAAGCAAAAUGUUUAAUAUAUUUAUGUCUUUGUAUUGAAGAGUUUGAACAAGACAUUUUAAAUACAACAGAGUUCUUGGCAAAAAAUAGACUUGU